UGGUUGUUACGACUCAACUUAUGACGUAGGAGAACAUUAGAUUGUACCAAACAUGAAUUUGGUUAGGUGAAUAUAAACAUAAAAACUAGUUUAUUCCUAAUAUUUUCAAAUCUGUACCAGUAUUAAACGAAAUUCCGGUUCUCUCUCAAUUUAUUGCAAUUUUGUGGACCUUUCACUUCAAAAUGCUCUUGCCAUACAGGCGUAUGUGAACAGUGUUGAGACCCAGUGUGUCAGUAAAUACAAUGUGACAGGCAUUAAUUGCAUCCAUAGCAAAGACGUGGUAGAGAUCCAAUGGAUAAGGACAGGCGAUGGAUACUUACCAUUUUCAUUUUCGUUUCGUUAGUUUAUGUUGGACAUGGAAUGUACGCUAUCCAGGCCCCAAUCGCACACAUGGCUUUCAGCAACAACAACGUCACUGUUACUUACAACCUGACCGACGAAAAUUUACCAGUUAUCGUCGUAGAAUUAAUAGAUGUCGAUACGAAUCAAUCAAUACAUCGUAAUCGCGUAACAUUUCCGUUGAUUUCCGGGUCGUUGGUGUACCCAUGCAACAUGUUUAUAAACGAAAGUAGCCUCAUGUUUUUGCUUCUGGAUGACAACGAUACUGUCGUAGCUCAGAGUCAAAUCCUCAGAGUUAUGGCUCCUAUGGUAGAUGUUGUCCCGCCAUCACCAAAGCUGUACACACUUAACGGAGAUGUCAUAGUGUCCAUUUUCAUGAAUCUUGAAAACGGUUUCUGUCCCAUAGACCAGUGUGAGCUAGAAUUUAUUGCCAGAUAUCGUAGGUACAACGAUUCUAAAUCGGAACAAAUGGAAGUAUAUUCGAAGCCAAUUAAUUACAACGAAUCAGCAGAAGUUACGUUAAACUGUGAAUAUUUAGACACCGCAGGAUUUUACACUUUUUUAGUAGCAACCAAGUCCGGGAGAAUAUUUGGAAUGAGCGCUAUAAUGGAAAUUAUGUGGAACACUAAGUAUAGUUUUAACGUGCCCUUAUCAAGUGUAUCGGAGUGUCCGACGACCAACGGGUUAGUCGUCUAUCACCAAGCUCCUCGCUGUGGCCAUGGCCACUCAAAUGAUAAAAUAAGAGUUUACGCGCAAAUUGAAAGUUUUUCUGAGACUCCGGGCACACUUGGUACUAUGGAUUACAUAAUGGAAAUCGAUACGACUAGUACUGAAUAUACUAUAGAUUGUUCUAAUUUUCACCACCGACACAGUAAUUACCACGGGUAUUGUUUUUUCUAUGUCAGCGUGACAAGAACUGGUGCUGUACACGAACAAGCGCAUAUUUGCGUACCCUAUUCUCCUUCGGAUAAUGCUACACCAGGCGGGUGGUCUGAGUGGGGGCAAUGGAGUAGCUGCACAGCCAGCUGCGGUACUGGGCGACAUCAUAGAACACGAGCCUGCGAGAAUCCACCUCCCAGUAAUGGUGGUGCCCCAUGUGUAGGUGAUAACGUGAAGACCGAAACUUGCAACAUCACCGCAUGUCCCAAAGUCGUUCUUCAACAAGAUCCGGAUGAGAAACAAUCAAACGAACCUUGUAGAUGCGGAUGUGUCUUAGAGAGCCCAUCUGGCGUCAUUGAUGCUUACGACAACAACUGCCGAUCUCAGGAGCUGACAUGGCUGAUCCAUGUGGCGAAAGGAUAUCGCGUCAACAUAACGUUCAAAUCGUUUGAUCUGUCAUCAAGUGGGCGCAUUCAAGAAUAUUUAAGGAUACGAGAUGGUCAAGAUUCUAAUGCCCCAAUCCUGCUGUUCGUCACUGGUACGCGCCUGCCAGUUCCUCUACUUUCCACUGGACAAUCGAUGUUCAUGGAAUACAGGAUAUACCGUUCAAACAGCUACCGACACGGAUUUCUGGCGUCGUUUAAUUCAACAAAGAAUGAUAAUGUAUUAGUUACCACAAAGAAGCUACCUGUGUCCAAGAACGUAGAUCAUGAUCAGUUUUCUGGAAGUACUAUAAUGACAGUAGGAAUCGUUGCAUGUGUUAUUGUAAUUUUUAUAACAGUCACUGCUGUAACUUACACUUACAUUAAGAGUGGUGUAAUGAUAGAAUGUAUACGAAACAUCAAACCACGAAUUAAAUCAGCGGAGUUUUCAAUUCCGUCUGAACAAGAUAAAUGUUCGCCGGUACAUCGUCCUUACAAGAGUGACUUGCCUAGUGAUAUGGACGACAGAGGGAACCCUGACGGAAAAGUCAGUGACAGAAGUCACAUCUAUCUAGCCAAGGAGGAGGAUCAUUCAAAUGAGUUCCCUCAUCGCCUUAUCUCCGUAGAAAGCGACGACUGUCGUAAAGACCCAUUGGGACAAGAUCAAUCGUUUACAGGAAAAAUAAAUGCUUCAUUCGACGACCGUUUUCCAGAUGGCCAAAGAAAUCAUAGGUAUUCGUUUACUAGUGAUGGUAGUCGCAGUAGCCGUCUUCAAGAUGUACAAAUUAAAUAUACAAUGCGGGAGAGACCAAGUGGAUAUUCUCGUCAAACCUCAAUCAAUAGCUGUGAUUCAUCUAACACGUUACCAUCAAACUUUCAAUUUUCAGCCCCGUAUAUCAAUCGAGAAGGAAACCUAACGCCACUUGGAUUUGCCAUUACCAGAAGUUUGAGUCUUAAUCAUGAGAAGAAUAGCCAACGUGAUGGUGAUAAAGAGGACCCGACUCAGCAACAGAGGUCACAAAGCACCUGUGGAAUUAGUAGUAUGCUACCGGAAACUCACUUGAUUAAUCUUGAUAAAUCAGCUACUCCUUCAGAAACACAGGUCGUUGUCCAUUCAGAAAAUGUGGAGAGCGAUACUAGGAGUCCUACAACUCGUGCUCCACGAAGGUUACCCGUGACUCCUCGACCAGCUUUCUAUGAAUUUCAAAUUGAACAACCGGAGCCUGAAUCACCUCAUCGUGCUGUCACUCCAAAUCGACAGAAGGUCCCAAAGACCCGUCGUUUGAGCUCAAAUAAAAACGUUGUUAUGACAAUCAACGAGGAAACCUUUGAAGCUACGAAUGAAGAGAGAAUAGGCGAAGAGCCAAUGAGUCCAUCGGAAAGUGUCGCUAGUGCCAUGUCUGUAACGAGGGAGUCACCACCUGGUGGGCCAGUGAGGCGUCUGAAACAGAAGGCAGCUAAACGGCAGCGCAAGUCUACCGAAUGUUUAUCAUCUGCUGAGUCGGAUGCGAAUGGUAUGAGAUUAUCAAUAUACAGCACAAGCUCACAAGACUGUAUGUUCAGUGAUGAACAACCGUCACCCAUGAGAAAAUACGAAGGGAAAGGUGAGAAGCAUAUGUGGAGGCAGGUAUUUCUAAGCGAUGAAAGUCUCACAAAGACCAUUUCUGAAAACGGGGAUGGGAGUACAAAUUCCAGUCCUACGCGUAGGAGGCUUCCUGAAACGCCGACCAAUCGCCCGAAUUCUUUUAAUAACAACAAAUUCCCAUCCAAUUCACAACUCUGCGGUGACAUGAUAAUAUAUCAAGAGGAAAAUGAACUAGAAUUCGAUAACUACAUGCCGAACCUGCCGGGGUCCUACUUUGAAGGCAACUUUAACUACCCCUCAGGAGAUUUGGGGUCUGACAUGGAUUUAUUCGAGGGUCUUGAAAUUUCGAAGGUUUAGGAACGUAUAGAGACAUUAGAGCAAUUAUAAACGUACUAUGAAUAGCAUAGCAACCAAAAUAAUGUUAGACGUUAAAAAGAGAAAAUAAUGCAACGAGCGUAUGGCAUAGAAUGCACAAUUGCAACAAGUAUUAUGAAAAUACUAUUUAUACAACACCUUCAUACAGAAUUGGCAAGUUUAAAAUGAAAAGAUGCAACACCAUCAAUUAUUGUCGUUGUCCAAUAAUUGAGUACUUCAUUUCUGCAAUGUUUCAUUAUAUUUGCGACUUUCCUCUCGGAUUGUUUAAAACAGUCACUUCAAAGAUGUAUUAAAACCAAAACAACAACAACAUCGAUUUGCUUUCAAACGCAUGAUAAUUCCAUACCGGUGUUCAAUGUAGAUGUGCAUACUAAGUACGGUAGUACUCGUAUUAGAUUGGUUUUAGAUUAUAAAGGUCUGGAUAUAUUAUAUUAUACAUGUUGUAUAUAUUAAUUGAUAAACUUUUAUUUUUUAUGUUUAAUACAUUUAAGGCCAAUACUGAUAGAAAAACUUUAAUGUAAAUCAUUUUAACGUUAUUGAUAUGAAUAAUAUUAAAAAAAAAACAACAACAGAAACAGUAUCUAUUUUUAUUCUAAAAUUAUUGUUGGAAGCCUGUGAAAUACAAUAUACAACUAGGAAUUUUAAUAGUCUUUAAAAUGUUAUGUAAUAUGGUUUAAAAAACGACAUAGUAUUAUAAUAAUUUGUUUACAUGUUAAUUGACUCAACCAACCAUGUGAAUUAAGAAGUAGAACGUUUUCCUGAAGUCAUGUAAAAUGUUCUUAUUAAAUUUUU